GCCUUGUCUAGCCCGGCCCGGCCGAACUUCUCUACAUCUCUCUUCUCCUGUGAAAAUCUAACCCUAACUCCUCUCCUCCCCAACAAAAGCAGCAUUUUGCAGUUGAAUCACCUCCUCUGCCAGCCACCCCUCCUUCUGCACUCGAGAUUAAGACAUAGUGCAGCUAUGGAAUUGCCAAGGAAGCCAACAUUUCAGCCUAUACAGCCAAACGAUGUGUCGGAUGGUGCUGAACUUCAAUUCUGCUUUGUGCCCGUCCCACCAAACCGUCGCACCCCACUCGAAAAAGCCUGGAAAACCCAGAUUUACGAACCGAUUCGCAACGAGAUGAAGAUUGACAUCCGCAUGAAUCUCGUUGCAAAGCGGGUGGAACUCAAGACCAUGAGUGACACCCCCGACAUUAGCAACCUUUACAAGUGUUCUUCGUAUGUGCAAGCAUUCAUGUUGUGCUUUGAACCGGAGCAAGUGAGAGAGGCCUUUUUCAAGUAUGAUAAUCUGGAUAUGUCUUCGCUUGAUAUGCAAGAUGUGAAGCGCACACUCAAAGGGGAUCAUUUGACUCGUGCGAUUGGAAGGAUAUGUGGGAAAGGUGGGAAGAUCAAAUUCAUGAUUGAGAAUGCUACUAAAACGAGGAUUGUGGUUGCUGGUAACAAGAUUCACUUUGUUGGUACACAUGAUGCUAUCAAGAUUGCCAAGGAUUGUGUUUGCCGCCUUAUUAUGGGCUCCCCUGCCGCCAAAAUUGCUUCUAGGCUUAGGACCAUUACAGCUCGGGCAUCCGAACGAUUCUAAAACCAAUCAUUCUGUUGGUAAUUUGAUGAUGUUUUAAUGAAUUCAGUUGUAGUUUAUUUAAUUGGUAGGGCUAUGGGUAGACGUUUUUUAUACUAAGUUAUUACGAAGUAUAUAAGCAGGAAAGUAUAAUGCAUUAUGCUGGGUA